UGUAUACCUUAUAAGUUGAGUUUCUACACCCAAUGAUACAUGCUCCCCGUGAUAGAAAUGUAUCAUGCAUUUCUUUUCACAAUUUAUCACAAUGUAGUGAUUGGCGAAAGAUCAAUUGGUUGUGGUUUCAAAAGAUACUUUUUCUUCAAUCAUAUUUUGUUAUAUACUCUCUUCUUAUUAUGAUAUGACAUACUAAUUAAAAAAAGUUUCUGAACUAGCAUGCAGUACUCAUACUAGUAGUUGAUUUUAUUCAUGUCCAAUUUUGUUUUAAGUGGUUAAAUUAAUUAAUUCUAUCUUCUGCGCAGGUGAACUAGAAAUCAUUUCGUAAACAAUAUGGAAAGUUUUAGAUUUAAGAUAUUUUACUUUUGUUAGCUGAAAAGAGAAAGCAACUCGAAAAUGGAAACAAACUAUAUCAACUGACUAUAUUUAAGUCAUUAUAGUGGUGACAACACUUAAUAUGCAAUUAUGAUUAUGUAAUAGAAUGUAUAUGUGCAAAACACAUAAUUAUUUUUUUAAAACCGAAAAUACCCAUGUUAUGAUUGGACCGUAUAAAGCAUAUGAUAUGAGCCUUGGCCAUUAUUUUUUUGUUAGCCCAAAAAGAUUUUCAAAUAAAGUAAUCCGCCCAAAGAUAGCAAAAUCAAUAAAGAAACAAAUAAAUUAGCCGUUUUUUCCAUUUAUUUUCGGCGAUGAAUUCGACCGUUAGAACCCCAAAUAUCCGUUGGCAACAAAAGUGUAAGACAACUUACUACUACUCCCCCUGCUUCGGAGACAAAGGGAGUUUGUGAGGAGCGUAGAAGAGAAGACCCACACUUUGAUUUUCUUUGGUUAAGAAGUGAAAGGAAAAAUGGUAGCAAGAACCCCACCAAAGUUGCAGCACAAGAAAAUGGUGGUGCCUCCUUUAAACCCUGUUCUUCUUAGAGAAACACUAAACAAGGUGGACAAGUGUAUGGCUCGAUUGCAAGAGCUUCAAUACACAGUUGCAGGUGGUAAUAAGGUGAUUUCUGGUGUAACUCUUAGUCCCCGUAGCACCAGAGGCUAUCUGAGAACUAGCCUUAGAUGCAAACAAGAAUCUUUGAGGAUCAAGAAUGCUACUUCUCGCAAAUCUCCUCCAGGAAAAUUGCCCACAAAUGGAGGGGAAUGGAGGCGAAUGUCGCUACCGGCGAUGCUUCUAGGAGAGACUGUGGCUGAAAUUAAACAGGCUAGUCAAUUUGCUAGAGAUAUAGUGGAGGCAGUAGGUUCCAAGGGGAAAAAAUCAGCAUCUGAUGACCCGAAAACCCCACCCACACAGAGGCAAAACCAGAAGCCAACCCCUGAAAACUCCGAGCUCCGAUCACGUAGAAAGAGGGAGAAACGGGUAACCUUGCAAACAAUGAGGACAGAUUCCGAUACACCAUCAAAACGACGAGCAAAGUCACGAAUAAACUUCAAGGUUUCUCCAGUUCAGCAGAGGGAAUGUGAGAAAGAAAAUUGCAAGUACAUAGCAAAUAGAGUUUCCCCAAGGAAUAGGCCAUGGGUGAAAAAGACUGUCCUUUUUCCGAACCCAUUGUUCCAUUCAUCUCCAACUUCACAGCAGCAGAAAUUAUCUAGAACACAGUCUCCUGUGAUUGCAAGAAAUCGGCAAACGCCCCAUAAGUUCUUGGUGAAGUCCCCGCCCAAAGCCUCAAAGCUUCAAGUGAAAGCAAGAAGCCACCAAAAACUUAAUGCGUCUCCUACCAGAGCGACAAGUUUGGGUACUAAGUUCUUGGCAAAGUCUCCGCCCAAAUCCUCAAAGCUUCAAGUGAAAGCCAGAAGCCCCCCAAAAUUUAAUGCAUCUCCUACCAGAGAGACAAGUUUGGGUACUAAGUUCUUGGCAAAGUCUCCGCCCAAAUCCUCAAAGUUUCAAGUGAAAAUCAGGAGCCCUCCACAGAUUUCUGUGUCUCCUACUAGAGCAACAAGUUUGAACAAGAGGUCCCCAAAGAUGUCUACAGCUGCCAAACUGAGACGGUCAUUUUCUCCAUCAAGAUUGGCAAACAGGAUAGCUUCUUCACCAUCCAAAAUGAGGUCAUUUUCGCCAUCAAGAUUGGCAAACAAGAUAGCUUCUUCCCCCUCCAAAAUGAGGUCAUUUUCGCCAUCAAGAUUGGCAAGUAGGUUAGCUUCACCAUUAAAGAGCAAAAAAUCUAUACAGAAGAUUGAUGGGAUGAAGAUGAUGAUGAGUGGACUCAAACAGCGGCCACGUGCUGCCUCCACAUCAAAGCAAUUCUCAGUUCAGGGAAUGUGAAUUGAGAUCAUUCACUACUGUGUUUUGUGCUUGAGAUUGAAGUUAUUCUUCAUGUGUGAAGAUAUUUUCUCGAUGUCCUUCUUAGUUCGGUACAACAGGAGUAUUUUCACCCUUUCCAACCUUCUAUAUUACUUUGAGGAUUGUACAAUUUAUUUGAUUUGUAAAAUUGUGAGGUACUUCCUCAAUAAGGUAAAUAACAAUGGUUUUCCUAUAGAUGAAAUUUGCUUUUACUGCA